UAACAAUCUUGCCCAUGCAUUGAUGCUGAAAGAAGCUUUGAACACUGUCAUAUUUCCAGUCAUGGAUGAGGUAAUUAAGGCAGUUUGUGACAUGGCUAAAGCUAAUGCUCAUGUUCCCAUGUUUUCUCGCACUCAUGGGCAGCCAGCUUCACCUACCACCCUUGGAAAGGAAAUUGCAAUUUUUGCUGUCAGAUUAAGCAGGGAAAGGCUGGAUAUUUCUCAAGUUGAGAUAAUGGGGAAGUUUGCUGGUGCAGUUAGAAAUUACAAUGCACAUCUUGUUGCAUAACUUGAUAUUAAAUGGCCUCAAAUUGCAGAGGAGUUCGUGAAAUCUCUUGGAUUAAGUUUCAAUCCCUAUGUGACUCAGAGACCAACCAUCCACUACCGCGGCUGCUCUAUGUAUCAAAGCUAGAGAAGUCGCGUGACUUAACUGAUUCAACAGUUCUGAGGAAUAUGGGUGAAGGUUUAGGGCAUUCUCUUCUUGCGUACAGAAGUGCAUUACAGGGAAUAUCAAAGCUGCAGGUUAAUGAAGCUUCUUUGUUUGAAGACUUGAAUGAGUCAUGGGAGGUGCUUGCGGAACCAAUACAGACUGUAUGUUCCUUUCUUCUAGUUUACAUAUCAUAUUCAAUCUGAAUUUUUUUUGGCCCUCUCUACAGAUUUGAAGAAUUAAUAUUGUGACUGCUAAAGAAAAUCUUUUAACUGAAUGCCAUCAACAGCUCAUAUUGAAUGCUAGUGACAGUGAUUGACUGAUUUUAUUUUAUCUUUCCUUCUCGACACUUGUUUGAAUGAAAUAAACCAUUCUAUGAUUUUACUUCAUAGGUUGAUAUUCAUCCUAUGCCAUAUAUUACUAUGGAUCACUCUGUGUUUAAUGGGACAGUUAAAUAUCUUCAGAGAGCCUUAUAUGUAGUUUGGGUUAAUUACACUUUUCACCCCUAUCGUUUAAUCCAAAUUUCAGUUUAGUCCCUAUUGUUUUAAUUUCAACGAUUUGUUUUUAAGUCCAGUUUCAAUUUGGCCAUUCCGUUUAAAUUUUUGUUAAUUUUGUCUAUAUGUAUAUCUUAGAAAAUGUUGCAAAAAUUGUUAGUUUUAACAUCCAAUUUAGACGUGUGACCAAAUUGAAACUACAUUAAAAGUGUAGGAGUCAAAUUGUUCAAUUUGAAAUUAUAGAGACUAAAGCUAAAUUUGAAUCAAAAUAUAAGGGUGAAAAGUGUGAUUAACCCAUAUAGUUUUAUAGUGAGAGCACAAAUUUGCUGAGAGCUGAUGCAUAAAUGGUUACUAACAAGUACUAGCUGCGGAGGAUGAUCCCAUUCUUUAGAGUGCAGGUGUUUGUGUUUGAUGAUCCACAAUUCGGCCCUAGAAAUUGGCUUGGGCUUGACAUCACUGUAAUAAAUGAUUACCUUUGAAGGUGAUAUCUAUCUACUAGUCUGACAAACAUAUUACAUAAUAAUAUAUUUAUUAACAUUCAAGAAACCCUAGCUAAAAAGUUACCAAUGCUAAAAUAAAUUCCAAAUAUAAAAUAUUAUCAAUAUUAAUUAUUAAAUUCUAUGUCUUCAAUCAUUUUUUUUUUUGCUCCCCAUUCGUCCCAUCCAGGUACUGUUUGUCAUCUAUGGAAAGUAGACAUACCUGGUGGAUGUAUGUCAUCAUGUUCAUGUCUAAUGCAUUUGAUUAUUUUAUGGGUUAUUUAUAUGGAGACCUCCUAAACUAUUGAAGAAUAUCACUUUGACCCCAUAAAUUACAAAAGAGUACAAAUGAGCUCUUUAAACUAUUGAGAAGUAUCACCUUGACCUCCUUUACUAUAAAAGCGUACAAAUGAAUCCUCAAACUAUUGUUGUGUUUCACUUUGACACCUUCCGCUUCUAUACCGUGAAUUAAAUCAAACUUUUUACAUUUUUGAGACAAAAAUAUCCUUCAACACUCUAUAUAACACACCCAGUAGCACUUCCUCUAAAUUUUCCUCGAAUCCAACUCCCUAAACCUCUUCAUCUCCAUAAUUCACCAAACACUAAAAAAAUAACAUCCAGUAGUAACACAAGGCUCAAACAAGAAGGAAAUCACAUCCAGUAGUAACACAAGCUCAAACAAGAAGGAAAUCACAUC